CGAUCCUUCAGUAGAGGAACUGACAGCUCAAAGACUAUUAAUCUUUAGGGCAGAUGAUAUGAGUGAGUACUCUGCUGUGCGUGUGGGGAAGUUGAAGCUGAAGGGAGGCAAGGGAACGCUGGGUGGUAAGAAGAGGAAGAGAAAGAGACACCACUCCAAAUCAGAGGAGACUGGGGAAGGACCACUGAGACAUGGCAGCUGGCGACAGGUGUCAGAGCUGAUGGAGGCCAAAGACAAGGCAGUGUUUGAGGUACACACAGGUGGUUAUAUCAUCGCCCUGGACACGGGAUACUUCACUGUGGGCGGUACCAAGGAAGAGGGCGACCAACCAGAUCCUGCCGAAGUAUUCACUGUGGUACGUGUGUCCGACAACAAGAUAGCGCUGAAGACAGCUUUUGGUCGCUAUGUAAGUGUCAACUCAGCGGGCGAGCUGAUUGGGCGCUCAGAAGCUGUGGGACCUAGGGAGACGUGGGAUCCUGUGUUUGAGGAGAGUAAGCUGGCAUUGUGUGCGUGCACUCAUCGCUUUGUGACCGUGACUAGCGACCAUAAACUAAUGGCAAGUAGCGAGCAAGCCAAAGAGAAGGAGAUACUUGUGAUGUAUACGGACAUGUCCGGGAUCAAAAAGGUCAAAACGGACACGGAAACGGAAGCGGAAGAAGCCACUAAAGACAUGAAAGGCUUUGAAGUGGGAUACGUGAAGAAGUUCCAGAGCUUCCAAGACCGCAAACUGAGAAUCAACGAUGGAGGCACUACUGAUUUGAGUAAAGCACAGGCCAAGGGCAAACUGCACGAGGCUCUACUGGACAGGAGGGAGAAGAUGAAGGCAGACAGAUACUGCAAAUAGCUCCAGAAAUACUUACUAGUCACUAUCACCUUUUCCUAUAAUUAUAAUCCUCUGUAUGCACAUAAUUAUAAUAAGUAUUAUUUAAAGAAAAAAUAAUCGGCUAUAGAAAUAAAAUUAGCUAAAUAGAACGAUGCUAUUAAUUACAAGCACUUGUCUUUAUCGAUCAUGCUUCAGUUCAACUGUUCAAUUAAAUUUUAAUAAAGAUUAUUAUA